GAAUACCAAUGGGUGCAAAGGAGAAGCUCAGAAAAUAAUGAGCAAAUAUAGCAGCAACGAAUCCAGGGUCAAAUCAUUGCUUCAGAUACCAUCUUCUAUGAUAAUUAAAGCAAGCGAUGCUGAUGUUGGCUCUGGAUACUAUAAUGUCCGAAGAAAGCUCCAAAAAGCAAAAAAAUCAUCACAAGGCCAAACAAUACAAGACACUGAAAAUAAUCUUUCAAAUUUAGACUUAAGGACUUCAACAAGGGUUGAACAAGCACUAGAAAUACACCAGCAAUAUGUCAGUAACCGUUUAGCUCCAAGAAAUUUUUAUAAUUCGAAGAAGAGGGCUCAACUGAAAAGGGCGUAUGAAGUGCAAAACAGCCGCUUUCGAAGACGCUUGUGUGCGAAAGAAAGAACGUGUUUGAUAGGCAAGAAGGGUAAAAAGCACAGUAGUAUACGAUUGAUGAAUACUAAAUAUUAUAUAAACUAUUUAGUAAAAGGUAAAAGCAGACUAUGUCCUGUCAUGUUCACAGGAGAUAGAAACACGAGAGUAGGCUCAAAAACAAAAGGAUUCAGACGAUAUGGUGGAAAAUGGAAGCAAGAAUUACAUGGAAUGAACGUCAAUGUGUGCAUCACAAAUGAGAACAUAUCUCGAACCUGCAUUUACUGCUUCUCCAAACUAGACAAUCCCAUUCAUCGGAAGAUGAUAAAGGACAAAGAAAUCAAGACACAAAUCAAAGAGUCCUUCUUGUGCCAAAAUUCUGACGAUGUGUUGGUGUCAAACAAAAAAGCCGUCAAGCCGAGAGAUGACCUUUCUCCACUCGUCAGGCCAUUCCGGUCUAUGCUCGCUGCUCUUUCAGGGGACAUUUCCUGAGUUAUGUGCCAAAAUCAGUCAAUCCAACAUUGGGUUUAUAAACAAGACUGUAUCCUUCCUAAAUGAAAGAGAAUGCUGAGAAAUUAGCUUUGAUACCAUUAAUGGGUAAGUCAUAGACAUUUGAAGAGAAAGGCUGCUAAAAUUCCUCAAUAGAAUUU